UUAUUGUAUCCGACAUGUUGAACAACCAUUCUGUUUACAGCUAAGGCAUUAUGAAUUGAAAAUUACAUCCUUUAUUACCAAAAGAAACAUAUGUGAAACUCCCGGAGUCCUCGCUUGAUAUAACGAUCUGUUUUUCGUACAAUCGUUUUGAAAUUUGCAACGACAGUUUACCACGUUUCUCCACGAUGGCAAAGCUAGUUGUGGUGAUGAAAAUCGUGCAUGCAGUCGUCUUUGGUCUUGUUCUUCAGAGUUGCAGUACAGAAGCUGAACUUCACAAGCAAGUCACUGUUGACUGUGAUUUCGACCAAAUGUUAGUUCACAUAGAAAAAUCCUUGAUACCAGAGUUUAAAAUGAGUGACGUGCGCCUAUUAGAUCCUAACUGUCAGCCAACAAAAUUCGAGAACAGCAGUCACAUGACCAUUUCUGCACCGUUGAUUGGCUGUGGUACCACGUUAGAGCAUACGAAAGACAGUCUAAUUUACAGAAAUAUGGUCAAGGAUGUUCGGGUGACUCAGUCUAUUAUCAGCCGAUUACAGGACUUAGAGAUUCCAUUUGAGUGUACUUAUCCAAACCAGGCUGAAGCCUCAUUGAUUCAGAUGAACAUCACAAACACCAAAGUCAUUUUUCUGGCACCUGACGAUGGUUCUGGAAUGUUUGAUCUGGAUCUGAAUAUUUAUAAGAGCGUAGACUAUGAUGAAGAGUACAGUAGUUUUCCACUGGCGGUUACCCUGCAACAGCGGCUUUACUUACAAGUAUCAGUAGACACGCCUGACACGCGGUUGGGUAUCGUCGCAGACACGUGCUACGCUACGCCUAUAAACAGUAUUUCUAAGAAAAUCAAGUAUGACAUCAUCGUUGACGGGUGUCCAAAAGACGAGACCGUGAGAUUUCACAGCGGCCCUCCCACCACGCAACGUUUUAGCAUAGAAGCUUUUAAGUUCAUGAAUGGCCAGGUCGUGCCGUACGUUUACAUUCACUGUGAAGUCGUCCUAUGUAACCUGACAGAUGGCAAGCCCAGCUGCAUGCAGAAAUGUGACCCUCAUGUGAAUACUAGACUAAGGAGGGAGGUCAAUACAGAUUAUUACGACCUGGAGAAAGGGCCAAUAAUAAUUCUAAGGGAUCCUGAGGAUAAUUUUGAACCAGAGAAUGCGGAAGAAUUUCGAGAAAAUCAAGAUCAUGGAUCCAAACACAUGACCAAAUGGUUGUUCGUUGUCAUGGGAUGCGUCUGUGCAAUGUGCUUUGGAGCUGUACUCCACACCAUGAAAGAAGUCAAACAAGCGAAGUAAAUAAAAGUUAAAAGUUUUAAAAGCGUUUACCUUAAAUUAUUCAAUAAUGAAUGGAGAACAUGUUAAAGAAGAAGAGUACUGAAUGAAUAUACUUUUUAACAUAUGAUGGGCCGUUGAACUGGAGAAGCAAUUUCAGUUGACAUUUGAUCGAUAUAAAUGAUACACGAAUUUCUGCCCGGAUUGUUCCAGCUGGAUGUGGAGAUAUGCUUUUUUCCUGUCAAGUUUACAUAUAAAAAUAUAUUUUCUCAUGCUGUAGCGAGAGCGUUUAGAAAACUCAGGCCAAGUAAGGUAACUUGUACUGAAAACGAUCACUUUUCUCAAACGUCUGACGCCAGAUGAUUACGUGGUCUCUGGCUCAACGCGGGCUAAGGUUACUUUCCCCAGAGCUAAGGCAAAACAUUUACUUCAACUUUGAUCGCACUUUAGUUUAACGUGAUACUGCUGAAAACGAUUCAAAACAGAGGGUGAACGGAAAACGUGUUAGUCUCGACGAAGUCUAAUAUAGUACUGAACUAGUCAAUCGUGUAUCGCUUCUUGUUACCUUAUGCGAGUGAAACAUUUUCCCUAGGGACACCAAAUAGGAUUUUUCAACGAUAUUGUUUUAUCUCUAAACAGGUAGAUGCCUAUUUAUAAACCAUGCUAUCUUUCGAGUGUACCUCAAUUUUGGUAUACAAUUACUUACAAAAAUUGGCACUCCAAUAUGAUGAUAAAAAUGACUUUAUAUUUAAAAUAAAUAAAGAUAGGGUGCAAGUCA